AUGCUGAACGAGCUCGAAUUCGAUAACGAAGAUGCCUAUCGAGAGAUUCUACGUAUCCCACCACCCGAUGGGCGCAAGAGGCCUCGUCUGGUGUAUUCACGAAACUUUUACGGGAGCUUGGAGGAUAUGAGUCGCUACUGGGAUAACAGCAAGGAUAACUAUUACGAUGUCGAAGCGAAGGACCCGGAGCCACAGGCGCCUCAGUAUUCGCAACAAAUCGCCACAAAAGCAGAAGAUCUAAUAGCUCCGAAACAGGAUGAGCAGGUGACAGAGGCGGCUCAGCAAGAGAGACCCAAAACUUUGCAAAGCAACAAUGUGAGCAGGUCGGGGCUAUCAGCUGAGCAGUCAGUAUCAGACACGAUUGAAAUUCCCACGCGAUCGAAGAUGAAGCAGGUGUACAAGGGCCAGAGGCUCGGAAAUGGCGAACAGAUGAGCCCAUCAACACGGGUAUCAAUAGUCAGGAACCUGCUUAAAAUGGUUAUCCAUAAGUUCAACUGUCGAGAUUUUGAGAGCAAUCCCAAAGACAAGUUGAGAUUUACCACUGUCAACGUCCCAUCAGUUUUCUACCACUUCUGUGUGGCCAAGAUGCCAUCUGAAAUGAAAUUUGCACGAGCAAGAAUGGUGGAGGGGCCAAUCAUGGCUGUACAUGCUAGAUCUGAGGUCAGGUUCAAGUCCAGCGAAGGACUGCAGAACCCCGCAAGCGACUUUUUGGGUGAGAGGUUCGACUUAUUUCGAGAAGUGGGUUGUUUGUUACUGCUUGCAAAACAGCGGUCUCGUGAAGGAAAGGACCCAGCCCCUGUUCCUGCGGAGCAUCAGUGGUGGGCUUCAAAAGUUCGCUGGGGCGGCGGUGAAACCAGGUGGGGGCAGUUGGCGAAUGAAGUGUAUGAAGACGAAGAUCCCAGCUGGAGCCCUGAGGAAGCCUUGUUACAGAAGCUGAAAAGAGACAAGGACGAAGAGCAGGAGAGGCAGGAAGAAGCCGCAGCCGCCGCGGAUUUGAAGAACCUCAGGACCGAUGACUUGAUUGCAGAUACUUCGACAAGCGGCGAACGGCCAAAGAAGAAGAAGCGAAGUGGCGAGGGCAAUGGAACUCGUGGCAAGGGUGGUGUGAAAGUCGAGUACAAGGACGGGAAGCGAGUCAUGUUCACGCAACCUAUUCGACGCAAAUGGUACCAGGAUUGGACGAAGAUCCGGCCCAACGCUCUGGCUUGGGACGAAAAAGUGAUUUAUCGGAAGAUUGGACAGCAAAGCAAGGAAGAUGGCGGUAAUGGCUGGGAUGAUGUGUACUUGUUGUCUGCGGUAAACCAUCACGUUUGUUUGAUGCGGCUGAGUGUGCAUGAAGACUAUCUCGAAUGGUUAGAGACAGGGAAGACGGUACAUCCUGACGGAAACGCGUCCGAAGGGCAGCGACAGCCACAUGUGCUGUAUGUCAGUCGGAGCAACUGGUACGACUUGUUCGAUAUUGCACAAAGAAAAGAGCUGUUGACGGGCGUCUGGAGAGUCAUGUCUUGGUUGAACCGAGAUGAAGUGCCCAAGCAGGAGUUCAAAAAAAUGGACGAAGUGAAGAGGAAGGACGCGGGCGAGACGGGGGAUCAUCAUAUGGAGAUAUGA